AUGAAGAGAUCGGGACUAAAAUGCAAACCAUCAAAGUGCGAAAUAGUCAAGGACUCGAUUAAAUACCUGGGGAGGAUGGUUGAUAGACAUGGCAUCAGAUCAAACCCAGACGCAGUAGAAGCGGUUCUGACCUGGAAAGCACCAAAAACAGAACAUCAAUUGAUGAGCUUCUUGGGGUUCGCGAACUUUUAUAGGGGAUUCAUUAAGGGCUAUGCGGACAAAAUGUACCCAAUGCAACAGCUCAUGAGGCACAAAGGCAAGAAAUUCACGUGGAACAUUGCGGCAGAAGAGUUAUUCCAGAGAAUAAAGAAGGAGUUGUGUUAA